AUGGAAACAUACCACGGAUUCGUGCGGACGCCCGCCGACGCCAUCAAGCUUUUCGAGGCCUGCCGACUCGGCCUUCUUCCUCGCGUCCAGCGCAGACUGUCGGAGAAGGAACGCCAAUCUAUCCGGUCGGGCUCGGUCUUUGUAUGGGACGAGCGGGAAGCGGGCAUGCGGAGGUGGACCGAUGGAAAGUCAUGGAGCGCCAGCAGAGUGUCGGGGAGCUUCCUGACAUAUCGCGAGAUGGAGGGCAAGCGAGGCAGCGGCUUUGGAGGCGGCAGACGCGGCGCCGGCAAGACUCCCGACUCGGGUCGCGGUAGCGACGAAGACCAGGAAGACGGCGAGCCUGAGGGCUACAGAUACAAGGCCGACGGCCUCAUGAAGCAGUCCUUCAGCAUCACCACCUCGACCGGCCAGCACCUCCACCUCAUCUCAUACUACUCGAGGCCGCACCCGGGGUCGCCGGAGCUCCAACAACCCAGCACCGACCCCCAGCUCAGACACAUCACGCCGAUGAAGGGCAUGUAUCCGGAGUCGAGUCUGCACGAGAGCAACCCCACGCCCGCCCUGACGAGAGGACCGAUGCUGCAGCAGACUCCCUACAUAGCACAACAGCAGCAGCAACAGCAACAGCAACAACAUCACCAACAACCCAUGCCGCCGCAGGCUUACCCUCCUCAGUACGCCCAGCAGCAGGGCUACUCGUGGCCUCCCUCGCCCGUUGCUACUCCGCCUUACAGCCACUACACCACCUCUCCCUACCCGCCUCAGCAGCACCAGCAACCUCCUCAACACCAGCUGCCGCCUCCUCAGCCUCCUUCCCACCCGUCCGCUCAACCUCCUCACUACGCCCACCCUCCGCCGCCACCGCCUCCUCAUGCUCAUGCCCAUGCUCAUGCCCAUGCUCAUGCUCCCCACCACCUCUCCCCCUAUGACCGGGCACCUUUGCCGCCGCCGACGGCGACACCCUACGCACCCCAGCGCCAGUCUCCCCGCCUCGCCCACGUCCAGCAGCCGCAGCACCACUCGCCUCGUCUCGCGUCGAUCCAACAGCCGCGUGCCUCGGAGUCUCCCCGCAUCUCCCACCUGCAGGCCCAGGCCGCGCAGGCUGCCCAGGCCGUCAUGGACCCGAGAUUGGGCCCUCGCAACAACAGCAACACGCUGCCCGGCAUCAACGCCGUCUCGAGCGCUCCCUCGACCAGCCACCCGCUCACGCACACCCCGCCCAACCGCACCCUGUCCGUCUCGCCGCCGAGGAGCUCUCACUCGGAGACGAACGGCGUCGUGCCUCUGCCGAAUAAGGCCAGCCUCUCGGCGUUGCUGCUGCACCCGACCCCCUCCAGCUCGGAGGCCAGCAGCGCGAACCCCAACGGCAUCAACAGCGCAAACAGCUCGCCGCGGACCGGCGGCGCCCUCAGCGGGCUACCGCCGCCCAUCGACCGUCCGGCCAAUAUGAGCCACGACGUCAAGGCGCUCCAGGCCCUAGACCGCAAGUUCUGCAUCUAA